AUGGCACAGCUCAACGACCAGAGAGCGGACGCUAACGCCUGCAUGAUUGAACGCAUGUUCUUCAUCCACGAAGGCGUCCUAGAUCGAGAGGGAACGUUCUUCUACUCCGCCUUACGGAAGUGCUGGCAAGAAGGGAAGCGUCGCCUCAUUGAGCUCCCGAAAGACGAUCCAGAGAGCUUUCGACUGUACGCCCAGUGGUUGUACACCCACGAGAUCUAUGUCAACAAGCCUGAUGGAGACAAGAACUACGCUAUUCUCAUCGAUCUCUACCUCCUAGGCGAUAAGAUCCUGGACCGCGAAUUCCAAGACUGCAUCACGGACGCCCUCCACGCCGCCACGAGAGAUGCCGUGGUGGAUCCAGAGCAGGGUGUCGUUCGAACAUAUCCGGACUUCGAAGAAACAAUCGACACCCUGUACCGCAACACGCCCAAAGGCGAUCCCAUGCGGCGGCUCAUGGUCAACUUGUACGUUCAAAACGGCGACAAGACGUGGCUUGAAGCAGAGGCCGACGUCAACCAUGAGUUCCUCGCGGAUGUCGCCAUCGCACUGUACAAACGAUGA